AGUUUUGUUCCAUAAUUUAUCGAAUAUAAAUAUCAAUUUUAUGACUCUUGGAAACACAGGCGACUUUGAACCAUUUCUUUUUUCAUACUGUCAGUUUUUGCCAUUGUGUGUCAUAUUAGGUAUUAUACUGAAUUUUUAACGAAAUAAGAAUGGUGCGAGAGUUCAAACGCACGCCCUUUGUAGAUUUUCACAUAAAUGAAAACACCACUUUGGAGUCUGGAAAACCUGCGGACUACUCCUUCAAGAAACUGUCUGAACCAAAAGCCAUGGGUGUUGAGGCGGCUCGCUCGAUAAGGAUAGGUUGCGUUCCAGAGAGAGGUACGGUCAAGAAGAAGCUCCUCACCAGGUCCAUCUGGCUGAACAAUAACAAGUUGAAAAGCAUAAAGAACCUAGAGCAGAUCGUAGAAUCCAUUCUUGAAGUACCGUCUCAGCUCAGUUGGAUCGAUUUCUCUUUCAACUACAUCAAAGACAUAGACGAUUGUAUCUUGAAGUACCCCAAUUUGAAGAUUGUCUAUUUUCAUGGCAACUGUAUCUCCAAGUUGGCCGAGUUGAUGAAGCUUCGGAAGCUGAAGAACCUGAGGACGGUGACCUUUCACGGCAAUCCGAUCUCGAACUUACCGCUGUACAGACUGUCCAUUAUGUACAUUUUGCCCCAGGUCUUGAAUUUGGACUUUUUUCCGAUCAUCAAGAAUGAGAAAUUGUCACCACCCCCCACCGAAACCCUAAAAAUCAUCCGAGAUUACGAAGCCAAAGAAAAAAGAACUCCCAAAUGAUUUUUUUUUUCAUUUUGUUCUUGAAACUGAAUACAUUUUUUUUAAGGUU